UCGAUCAUUAGAGAUCGAUCAUUCAUGCGUGGAGGAUCCGCGGACGACAUGACAAGUUCGCUGCCGGGUUUACCUUGAUCGGUAAAUUGUUCGUACUUUACUGAUAUCCAUUGUAGUGUUCAAUGGAAAGUUGCCACAAUCUUCAUUCAUUGAGGUAACCCACAAAUACAUUUGAGGCCACUUUGAUGGUCGAGCCUGAGCGUGUUCUCGGCAGGGCACACAAGGAGAGGUGAAGUCCAAAAUGAGGCUGAGAAGACUCCAUAAACUGGCGAUAGCCAUCACCUGCCUCCUUAUGUACACCAUGUACAGGGUGACCAAUGAUGACAAUGACGGGAACCAGGAUGGAGGUGUUGCUGGUGGGGCCAACGCCGGUGCUGACCACAGUCUGAAUGUUGCAAAGCCUGUCCAGCCGGUUAAACCGAACAAGGGACAAAGCGAGGAGCACCCGAGGGUGAAGAAACAAGACGCGGUGGUCAUCGGGGUCAACCACAACGUGAAGGAGGUCAAGCAGUCGGGUCCCGAGGUGCUGCCCGCCAACCCCGUCAAGGUCAGGACUAACAGAACCGGGGAAGCCGAGCGAAUCCGGCAGGCCAUCCUGGACGUGAACAGCAAGGAGGAAGUCCGUAACCUGGCCCGGUUCCCGACGCGAUCCAACGCCAGCGUCGUGAUUCUGGUCAUGGUUCACAAGAGACUGGAGUAUCUGCGGUAUCUUAUCAAUUCUUUACGCCAGGUGCGGGAUAUCGGGGAUGCCUUGCUGAUCUUCAGCCAUGACUAUUAUUCCGAGGAGAUCAACGCACUCAUCAGAACUGUUGACUUUUGCCAGACUAUGCAAAUUUUUUAUCCUUAUUUAUUGCAAAUCUACGAGAAAGAGUUUCCAGGAGAGGAUCCCGGCGAUUGCCCUCGAGACAUGAAAAGAGACAGAGCCAAAGAGAUAAAGUGUAACAAUUGGGAGCAUCCGGACAAGUAUGGUCAUUACCGUGAGGUGCGGUUUGUCAUGACCAAGCAUCAUUGGUUCUGGAAGCUUCAGCAUGUAUUUGGUGGCCUUUCUGCCACCAAGAACCACAAAGGUCUUGUCUUGCUUAUUGAAGAGGAUCACUACAUGACUCCUGACGCCUACUACAUGUUGCAAAAGAUGUAUGAGCUUAAAGGCAGCAAAUGUUCGGAGUGUGAUAUUUUCACGUUAGGUACCUACGAGAAGAGUAGGAGGUACAAGGAUAGGGGAAAUACGGUUGAUGUUCUACAGUUCUAUUCUUCUAGGCACAAUAUGGGCAUGGCGCUGGAUAGGAGCACAUGGGACAGACUUCAGCCAUGCGUGAAAGAAUUUUGCAAUUACGAUGAUUACAACUGGGACUGGACAUUACAGCAUGUUAGUCUGACCUGCUUGAAGCCCAGCCUGUCAGUUAUCGUUCCCAAAGCACCAAGGAUCUUUCAUAUCGGUGAAUGCGGCAUUCACCACAAAGGCAAGUGCAACGCGGCCGAGCUGGUCAAGCAGCUGGACAGCGUGGUAGCCUCCAGCAGUGACUACCUCUUCCCCGAGAGUCUCACCAUGACCCCGCUGACACGCGCCUUGUAUCGCAAGAUGCCCAAGCCCAAUGGAGGGUGGGGCGACGUCAGGGAUCACUCGCUGUGCAUGGCGUAUGGACAGACAGACGCCACCAAAGCCAGGUCAUGAUGAAUAAGCAGUCGCAGGCCGUGCCUAGUGCCUUAUCUUUGUCUUCUGUCAAAUGCUGAACUGCUCGGUUCAGUGAUUUCCAGUGCAAGACAGCUGUGAGUAGUAACUUGCAAUACAACGCCUUUCUUCGUAGCAGAUUCCUAAUAAAGUGAAGAUGCCACUAUUUUAUAGUGAACCCACCUGGCUUUCACAUUUCACCUUUGACAUUUGACUUUAUGCACUUAUUUACCUCGCACUAUAUUUUCUUUGUAAAAAAAAA